AUGGAGCCUGCACCAACCUCCAGAACAGUCCCAAUAACUGUGUGCGCUGCUGAAUUCACUUGCUCAGCGGGCGCCUGCAUAUGCACGACCUUCGAAGGUUUCCAGCCGCAGGCAACAUUCCCCGUGGGGUCCCGUCCAAGGAGUGUCGCAGUGGGCGACUUCAACGAAGACGGCAAUCUCGAUAUCGUGGUUGCCAAUGCCGACAGCGAUUCAGUGAGUGUCUUGCUUGGAGAUGGAUUGGGGAGCUUCCAGCCGCAGGCCACAUUCGGCGUGGGGUCCUCUCCGUUCAGUGUCGCAGUGGGCGACUUCAACGAAGAUGGCAAUCUCGAUAUCGUGACUUCCAAUAUCGGCGACAGUUCAGUAAGCGUCUUGCUUGGAGAUGGAUUGGGGAGCUUCCAGCCGCAGGCAAUAUUCCCCGCGGGAAACGGUCCGCAGGGUGUUGCAGUGGGCGACUUCAACCAAGAUGGCAAUCUCGAUAUCGUGACUGCCAAUCCCGGCGACAACACAGUGAGUGUCUUGCUUGGAGAUGGAUUGGGCAGCUUCCAGCCGCAGGCAACAUUUCCUGUGGGCAACAGACCGCAUAGUGUCGCAGUGGGCGACUUCAACGAAGAUGGCAAUCUCGAUAUCGUGACUGCCAAUGUCAAUAGCAAUUCAGUAAGUGUCUUGCUUGGGAAGCCUUGCGAUGCUUAA